GAAAUAAAUAUCCCAGUUCUUUCACAGUGGCUUCCUGCGCCCAGCUCAGUGGCUCAGUCUGGGGCCCCAGACAAUGCCCAAAGUUCUCCACACUCCUGCUCAAGCUCUCUCCAAGGCAGUUCAACUGAGUGCCAAGUCCAAGAACACCAAAACAGUUCACAGGUGCCAGUUGUGGCCAUCCUGGGCUCAGGUGGGGGUUUCCGAGCCAUGGUAGGAUUCUCCGGUGUGAGGAAGGCACUGUACGAAUCGGGAAUUUUGGAUUGUGCUACCUAUAUUGCCGGUCUUUCUGGCUCCACAUGGUACAUGUCAACCUUGUGUUCUCACCCUGAUUUCCCAGAGAAAGGGCCAAAGGAGAUUAAUGAAGAGCUAAUGAAAAAUGUUAGCUACAACCCUCUUUUACUUCUCACACCACAGAAAAGUGAAAGAUAUGUUGAGUCUUUAUGGAAGAAGAAAAGCUCUGGACAGCCCGUCACCUUUACUGUUAUCUUUGGGAUGCUAAUAGGAGAAACACGAAUUCAUAACAGAAUGAACACUACCUUGAGUAGUUUGAAGGAAAAAGUCAGCAGUGCCCAGUGUCCUUUACCUCUUUUCACCUGUCUCCAUGUUAAACCUGACGUUUCGGAGCUGAUGUUUGCAGAUUGGGUUGAAUUUAGUCCAUAUGAAAUCGGCAUGGCUAAAUAUGGUACUUUUAUGGCUUCUGACUUAUUUGGAAGCCAAUUUUUUAUGGGAACAGUAGUGAAGAAAUACGAAGAAAACCCCUUGCAUUUCUUAAUGGGUGUCUGGGGCAGUGCUUUUUCUAUAUUGUUCAACAGAGUCUUGGGAGUUUCCAGUUCACAAAAUAAAGGUUCCACAAUGGAGGAAGAACUAGAAAAUAUUACAGCAAAGCACAUUGUGAGUAAUGACAGCUCAGAUAGUGAUGAUGAAUCACAAGAACCCAAAGGCACUGAGAAUGAAGACGCUGAAAGAGAAUAUCAAAAUGAUAAUCAAGCAAGUUGGGUCCAUCGUAUGAUAAUGGCCUUGGUGAGUGAUUCCGCUUUAUUCAACACCAGAGAAGGACAUGCUGGGAAGGUGCACAACUUCAUGCUGGGCUUGAAUCUCAAUUCACCUUAUCUGCUGUCUCCUUUCAAAGACUUUACCACACAGGAAUCUUUCGAUGAAGAUGAACUGGACACAGCUGUAGCAGAUCCUGAUGAAUUUGAAUGAAUAUAUGAGCCUCUGGAUGUCAAAAGUAAGAAGAUUCAUGUAGUAGACAGUGGGCUCACAUUUAACCUGUCCUAUCCCUUGAUACUGAGACCUCAGAGAGGGGUGGAUCUUAUCAUCUCCUUCGACUUCUCUGCAAGGCCAAGCGAUUCCAGUCCUCCCUUCAAGGAACUUCUACUUGUAGAAAAGUGGGCUAAAAUGAACAAGCUCCCCUUUCCAAAGAUUGAUCCUAAUGUGUUUGAUCGGGAAGGACUGAAGGAGUGCUAUGUCUUUAAACCCAAGAAUCCUGAUGUGGAGAAAAACUGCCCAACUGUCAUCCAUUUUGUUCUGGCCAACAUCAACUUCAGAAAGUACAAGGCUCCAGGUGUUCCAAGAGAAACUGAGGAAGAGAAAGAAAUAGCUGACUUUGAUAUUUUUGAUGACCCUGAAUCACCAUUUUCCACCUUCAAUUUUCAAUAUCCAAAUCAAGCAUUCAAGAGGCUGCAUAAUCUUAUGUAUUUCAAUACCCUGAACAACAUUGAUGUGAUAAAAGAUGCCAUGGUCGAAAGCAUUGACUAUAGAAGGCAGAAUCCAUCUCGCUGCUCUGUUUCUCUCAGUAAUGUGGAGGCAAGAAGGUUUUUCAACAAGGAGUUUCUAAAUAAACCCACAACAUAGCUUGUGUACUGGAAAGGGCAGCAGUUUGUGACACUGAGGCAGUUUGAAAUUCUAACAACUGGAUUUAAAAGCACAGAACAGAUAGUUGUACUGAGAUACUUGUACUUGUUUAUAAGAAAUGGGCAGAUAACUCAAAGUUGCAGUUAUUUAGCUGCAUGAGAAUAAUGCAAUAAUUAUUACCGUGUUAGG